GAUGACAGGCAUGAGCCACCACGCUGGCCAGGGCUAUGUAUUUGUUUGCAUUCUUCUCAAAUUAGUUUUCAGUUUCCCUGAUGGUCUCUUCUUUGACUCACUGGUUGUUUAGGAAUGUGUAAUUUCCACAUAUUUUUGAAUUUCCCACAUUUGCUUCACUGUUGAUUUCGUUUCGUGCCAGUAUAGCUGAAGAACACCUCUGCUUUGGUCUCAGUCCUUCUCCCUUCACUGAGGCUCGUUUUGUGGCCUGGCACGUGGUCUGUUGUGGGGAACGUCUGUGGGCGCUCGAGAGGACUGUGUAUUCAGCUGUUGUUGGGUGACGUGUGUGACAGAGGUCCAUUCGGCGUACCUGGUUUCCGGUGUUAAUCUCCAGAAUGUUUCUGACACUAGAAAAUCAGAAGCUUUCCACCAUUCCCAGCGCCCUGGCUUUGGGAGAGGCCAGUGAGCCUGUGGCUUGGGAGCCUGGUUGCGUGAGAGAAGCAUGUGUGGGAAUGCCAGGGGCCGGCUUUGAACCCCAUUCCCCCAACAUGAUGCCAUGUGUGGCAGACGCCUGGCUUUGCUCUCUCAGGGUUCCAUCUGCGGCAGGGGCUACUUGUGCCCCUGGCCUCAUCAGCUCAGGCUGAAGGCGGCCCUGGUCCUGGCCAGAGGGGCUUUGUGGAACAGAAAUAGACGACCUGGUGCAGGGGCUGAGCCUGGCCAGGACCUCAGCCCUGGGGGUUGUAAAGAAGGCCGGGCUCUACCAUGAGCAUCUGCACCAAGCUGUGCCCAUGUCACGGUGUGCUCGGCGGCUGCCCUUGCACGGGUGCGUGGCCUGUCUGCGCUCAGGCUCCCCGCCUAUGGGGCCCAGGCUCACAGAGGUGUGAAAGAGGCAAGCACAGCGCAGGCGCCUCUGAGCCCAGCCAGCCUCGCUUCGAUGCUGGGAGGCUGACGUCUUCCUUCUUGUCUUCUGCCCAGGCCAGCUGCGGGCCAUCCAGCAGCUGUGCUACUUCUACAGCACCGUCAUGCCCAGCGAGGCCCAGUGUGUCAUCUACCACGAGCUCCAGCUCUCCCUGGCCCGCAAGGUGGCCGACAAGGUGCUGGAGGGGCAGCGCCUGGAGACCAUCAGUCAGCUCUACCUGUCCCUGGGCACCAAGCGGGCCUACAAAUCCGCUCUGGACUACACCAAACGAAGUCUGGGGAUUUUCAUGGACCUCCAGAAGAAAGAGAAGGAGGUCAUGCCUGGCUGCAAGCAGGGAAGAUCUAUUACAUCCUGCGGCAGAGCGAGCUGGUGGACCUGUACAUCCAGAAACCUCCACAGCUGUUCAGAAAAAGGAGAAACCUCUUCCAAGACUUAAUAUCCAUUCUGGAUUCUGGAUUUUGGCAUCCAUUGUUGUGACCUAUUAUGUUGACUUCUUUAAAACUCUUAAAGAAAACUUCCACACUAGCAGGAUGACGAAGGUAAGAAAUUUAAGAAGGACCUAAUCCAUUUGGGGAAAAAAGGAGGGAGAAAGACUGACUGAAGGUCUUCAUGAAGACCAAGUACAAGAGUACUGGGAGGAAGGCUUGAGAACUGUGGCCGGUGAGAACCGGGUCUCAAGGUUGGUUUCAGAGGGUACUUACAGCUGACAAGGUAACUACGGGGUGUGACUGCGUUGGAGUGCAGGUGAAGGUCAGCAGUGGGAGGAGUGCGAGCUUUGUGGCCAGGCCAGAUGUACAAUAGUUCCUCAUUCGCAGGGGCUGAGAUCCCUUCAGUAUAGUCUCCAGAGCUGACAUGGAGGAGAGGGUUGGAAUCAUAUCCUAGGGUCCUUACUGCACAUUGGAGAGUGAUGUGGAGACCCUCAGAUAAUAAAUGGAAAGGAGAGGUAUGUUGGUGAGCAGCAGAGCUGGCAUUGGGAGAGCUGGUGUGCUUAGGGUCAAGAGUAGUAAUUUGGAAGUACCAGUGGGGUUAGGAAGAUGCAGACAGGACUGUGGUCCCCUGGUAUCACAGCAGGACACAUGAUUUCUCUUCAAGGGCCUUCAGGAGGAGCAGUGAUUUCUGGCAGGGGAGACUGUCGAGCCACAUGGAACAAGCCCUCGGGAAAGUAGGCAGAGGGGAGUUUAUUUAAACUGUCCUCUACUUUCUAGGGGAGAAACUUUCCCUAAACACUCCCAUCUUCUGCCCUUCCCUGUCACUCACUCCUUUUUGGGAGGUGGCGUGACUGAUUGAGUGUGUGAUGAAGAAUUGGACGAAGGUAGCUCAGCACCUUCUCCUGCACGUCAGCUGCCUGUAGGAAGUGCAGAGUCUGGUCUGCCUUCCCAUGGUGUCAUUUCACGGGGGCAGCCCUCACAGGAAAAGGUCUCUAGGUUUUCAUUUUGACCUGGAACCCAGUGGGUAAGCCUGCCUGUUUCUGGGUCUCAGAGACCCGGUAUUAGGAAGUGCUUUGUCACCACUCACCAAAGCCAUAUUCUUCCCACCGCUGCAUCAGUAUAACAGACAUUUAAUCUUCAUCAGCUUGACUCAGUAUCUGUCUUAGAAUGUGGGCUGGGAAAAGAGAGAUGGAUACUUUAUUUUUAUUUUGAGACAGGGUCUUGCUGCACUGUCACCCUCCAGUGGUGCGAUCAUGGCUUACUGCCUUGACUUCCUAGGCUCAAGUGAUCCUCC